AUGAUGAUGUCGUCACUCACCGGCGCUUGGGUCUUAGACGUUUACAGAUCGGACACUUUGGAAGCGUACCUCCGAUGCAUGGGGGCACCAGACAGGGUCGUUGAGGCGCAACUGGCCGGAGAGCAAGCCUGCCCGUCGCGCAACGUUCUCGUUCUAGACGACUCCCGCCUCGUGGUGCACAAGCACACUUCGGUCAACAACUUAACCGAAUCCUACGAGCUGGACCAAGAGAGAGUGACUCCGAGCACAUACGGCGAGAAGCGAGCCAUCGCAUCCCUACUCCAACCUGGCCGGCACGACGCCCUCGCGAUCAAGACCGCUCUACCCACGGACACCUCCGACUUCGGCCUGGUCGAAACGAGGCGGCUUGUGGGCGAUGGAUCUACCCACAUACAGGAGCUUCUCCUUCGAAACCUCGACACCGGCGCACAGUCCAUCACGAGGCGCACAUGGGUGCGGGAACCGUGACCCCAACGGGAUCACCUGGAGCUUUUAGGCAGACAGCUGUUACUCAGUCAUUGUGUGUUCGAUGUAACUUUACCGUUGUUCCGCGACAACGUGAGGCGCCUAUUAUUGUUGGUGAUCGUGGUAGUGGUGGUGGUGGUGUUGUUUGGUAGUGAGUGGUGAUGUGUUGUCUGAGUGUGAGCGUGGGCGUUGCAUCUACAACAAGUCAUGUUGGGCAUUGUCAUCUACAUUGUAACCUUCGUGUGCUUCGAUAUUGUCGAGUUGCUAUCUCUAGAGCCGGGGACGGAAGGAGGGGUGGUACCAACGACGUUCUAUACAACAGUCCACUGCUUGUUGUUUAGUGGUGUAUGCUCUCCUUCGUUUUCGAUCACUCAUGGAAAGCACUGGAUUCUUGGAUGAGGCCUCCUGCCACGGAAAAUAGACAAAAACAUUUUACCCAAACUUCUUUCGGCGUUUUCUGCCGCUCUUCUCGUCUUGUAUCGACGCUCGGGAAGAACCAAACUUUACGCGAAUGUACCGCCUAGAACAUGCACCAAACUCUUCCGCCCUUGACGGCAAUCAAUCCGCGCUCUCGUGUACACAGUGAAGUUGCCGCCUCCUGCUUUUGCGGGAGCGUUGGUUCGUCUGAUUAAUGAAAUCCUUCGCUAGCGACUCUGUUUCCAGCGCAUCGUGAUUUGGAUUGUCAAACCACGGUCGUUGUGCGAGGGGGGGGGGUAUUCGCAAAGAUCCCCGGCUGCCGUCGGCUGCCGGUACAGAAAGUCCCAACCGAAGUGUAUUCCGCCUUGUUAGAGAGUGCCACCGAAGGCUUGACAUCGGUAGUGUCUUGCCAAAGAUUAAAUAAAAGAUUGAUCAACCUCAUCAUCUGGCAACUGCAACAAAAUAAACGUAAUCUCAGGUUAAAAGGCAAAUAAAUGGAACCACGGCGCAUGGUACUAGAAAAAAAACAGAGCGAACAACGUGGGUGGUAUCCCCGGUAAUGGAGAGUUUGGGCUAAGAGGUUCGGCCUGCUUGACCAGAACUCCGCCUCUUCGGACGCGAAAGCCAAACAAUACUCGACUCACGUAGAGGGGAUCAUGAGUCGCAAGGGUUCCAAGACAGACUGACUGGACGGUGGGGCUCCCAUGCAUCUUCUUGUUUCGCCAAUUGUUCCCGGAACGCCAUAUUUCUUUACUUGGAAUGAAACCCUUCGGAACGAUUUGGCGACACCCCGUAUCGCACACGGGAUGCUGGGAGGGACACUCUGCCCCCCCCCGUCGAGCCAACGCCUGGGCGCGACCGCUCGGGCACACCACCAUCGCCCGUUGCCUUUUGCGAGUCCAGGAAACACAACCAAUGAAUGAAAAAGGGGUCGGCCGAUUCCCAAGCUUUGAGCCCGUUCGAGGACGAGCGGACGAAGGCAUCAAACGUCGCAGUACAUCUCUUAGCCCCCAACCCUGGAAGCCUCUGUUUGGCACUUUGCCGGCGACGGGCUUUCAGACGAUCGUGGUUGAUGACGACGGACACGGGCCCAGCCUUUGAUGGGGCAGCUUGGAAGGGCGGAUAGAUAGGCGACGGGAUGCUGGAGUAACUAUAUGCGGGAGUUCAGCUACGCGCCGGAGGGGGCGUACGUAACGUGUCCGAAGGUCUUGCUUCGUGUGCACCUUUCUUCGUCCAAAGCGCGGGCAACGUCAACAGGGCUGGAGGUAACCUCUGGGUCUCGGCCACCGAAAGCAACCCGGUCCGCACCAACCUCGUCGUCGCAACAGUCCACCCGCCUACUACACCGCCUACUACACCGCCGAUCGUAGUAUGUACGCUAGGGCGGCACGAAUGAUGAUGGUGAUGGCGGCGGCGGUGCGUGUGGAGCGGCUACAUACAUAGAGACCGGUCCGAAGCCAAAUCAAGAUCGCUGGUUGUUUUCUCCUCUUCCAUCGUUAUUCAUGUGCAGGUGUUCUCCUCCUCCGAUCCCCCCCAAAAGCGAAACCGUUCCACAGUCAAAGUACAGGAAACCAUCUUCCGUGGUCACACGCAAACCCAAAGACAAGCUACUACCAGAAUUGUCAAAAACGACUCGCUCGCGAAACGAGUUCCCCAGCCUUCAGCCAAAACAUCCAGCAUCUAGCCAACUCAAAAACUUCCCCGCAGACGUUCGAAAAAACUUUUCCAUCAGGCGAUCAGCAGUCUGAAGCAUGGAGCACUACAUCAACCCGCCGCUAGCCCGCUCAACCACCGGCAAAACGUAGAAACCGUUGUGGCAAGUUGAAACCGACACACAUCCGACAGUACAUCCAACUCUUCCACGCAUAAUAUACCCAAAAUCUCCAAAUAUGACGAUGUUAGCCCCUUCCGUACAUCAUGUGACGGAAAGACCCCAAAGGUCGCAGGUAGCUUAAUUGUUCCCGCUUGCAUCCCACUCUUCCAACAUGCAUAAAAUUACUUGUCAUCCACAACAAAAAGGGGUUUGAA